CGUCAGUCGCUCGUACGCAUGCUGGCGGGAGCGCGCGUGUCGGUCCGGGAGUUCGUCGAGCCGCUCCAUCUCCGAGAUCUGCCUGUCGAGGAAGCGAUGUAAGAGGCCGCCCCGGGACCCCAACCAGCGAGCCGACCAUGAUGUCCUCUGGCGCGCGGCGCGGCUUCUCCGUGUGCCGGGAGCCCCGACUCAACUCCCUCUGCUGCGUAUGGUACUGCACGGCGGCGCUGGCCCUGAGCAUCUACAUUGUGGCCGGCAGCGUGCAGCGGUUCACGCGCUACAUGGCGCUUCCGUGGCCGCCCCGAGACCAGCCCUACCUGGAGCUGAACGCCUACGUGGGCUGCAUCGGAGCCGCCGUGGUGCUGCUGCCCUUCUUCGUGGCCUCGGCGAUGCUGCAGGUGGGCAACCUGGCCAACGACGGCGGGAGACUGCUGUGGCCGCUGGGCGUGCACGGCGGACCCGACGCCGUCUACGAGAACCUGCCGGACCGGCGUCGGCAGCGCAGUCGCUGGCGCUCCUGGCUCAAGGCCCUCUGGAGGCACGGAGGUCCCACGGCGCCCACGCUGCACGUCUGGUCCGCCUUCUGCCUGCUCCUGCCUCGCAUGCUCGUCCAGGGCAGGCUCAUCCGGCACGGCUUCCUGCGGAAAAGCGAUGCCUGGCGCACGGACCUGGACCUGCUGCUACCCCACCGGGAGCGCCUGGUGGUUUUAAGCUUCCUGAGCACCAUCAACGAAACCGAGCUGUGGGACCGUGAGGCGAGCGAGGUGGCCCGGCCGCUACCUCACCUGGACGAAGCCGCCACGUCGGCCGAGUUCCUCAACUACGGACUCGCUCUGCUCGUCUACUCGCUGCGUUACCCCGCCGUCUUCUGGAAGAGUAACAAAUGCUUCGCGCUGCUCUUCUCGCUUUACCUGGGCCUGUGCAUGGCGCAACGACUGCUCAUUUAUACGGGCCUUGCCGUCCUCUACAAGGUCCAGGUGGCGGGCGUCCGUGAGGUACUGCCGGGAUUCGGUCCGCUGUUCCUGGGCCUACCUUCGACGCUCUUCUUGUACGCCCUGUACAGCACGGCCCUUUCACUCUCGGGCCCCGUGCUUUAUUCAUAUGGUCUGCUCAAGUUUCAAGAGUGGAAGGCUCGCGCUGCCAUGAAGAACCAUAUCACCUGGAAGGGAGCCUUUCCGAGAGGUCUCUGGGGCCAUGGACCGCACCUGUACGCCUUUUUCGUGCUCAGCGUGCUUGUGCUUUCCGGAGGCCCACUACUUUAUGACCUUACCAAGGUCUACUGCGGUAGCCUGGAUGGUGCCGUGCUGGCGGUCGUCGCGGGAAUUCUGGCUCAUCUCCUGCUGUGGAUCGCGCUCUGGCUCGGGCUCACCCUCAAGCACGACUGGGACUUCUCGCCUGAGGGACCACAAGGAGAUGUCAGGCAACUUCAGGGCGUCGCAUAUACUCCUCUGCUCAAGACCACGGGGGAGGUACCUCUGUUAGUCAUCGACCAGGGUCACACCUACCAGGUUCGAGAGGCCUCCUCUAAGAAGGCCAUCAUCAGCUUGGCCACGAAAUUCGCACAGGUGUCCAAGCUUCCCCACCCUUCAGAAGACGAGGACAUAUAUUGGCUCAAGCCUCGGCUCCCAUCUGCUGCCAAGGAACCGAGCUCGUCGCAGAAUGGAACCUGUGAGCGUAGCACGUGGCUGAGAGGUCAGCGCAAGACAUCCGGCCCCAAGCAUAAGGUGACCUUCGAGGAGAAGGGAUGCAGCCCCAGCAAGAAAUCCGGCAAGUCUCCCAAGAUUUUGAGCAAGUUGAGAAAGCAGCACGUAUCGGGGGUCAAGUUUGAAGACGUCCUUUCUGACCCACACUCGGAUGAUGGUGGGGACUAUGCCACGCUACGGGAGGUUUCUACACUUCGACGCGGGAGCCGGAAGGGCGACGAGGAGCCCUUUUAUAAGAGCCUGUGCCCUCUGGGAGACACGAGCGCAUUGCUGCCGGAGGCUGACUACGAGCUUCUGCUUGUGGAUGUGGCCACUACGCAAGUACGCGCCACGGUCCAUGGCGGGCCCACCUCACCCUCGACAACGUUGACACCACGCUCAGACUGCGUGAGCGACACCUCCACGAGCCCGGAGAAAGGUGCCAGUAGCGAGUCGAGUGGUGUGCACUCGGCGUGUAGCGAAAGUAUCAAGCGGGCCUCCAGUCUCGAGCAGCUGGUUGAACCGCUCAAAGGUUCUUCCACACCCUGGAAGAGCCUCUCCCUGCAGCGCAACAUGGCGCCGCCGGAGCUGGUCAUUCGCCGCGACGCGGACCCGUUCGGCCGCAAGACCAACGUUCGGUUAACGUCCUUCACGGACCAGCCGGACUUUGUGCGCCACAAGGCGGCCGCCGGGCUCCUGCAUGCGCACCGCAGGGACUCGGCCAACUAUUCGCUCACGUCAUCGGGAGACUCGGACGCAGCGGCUUCUUGACGCGUUGCCGUGGGAUUGUGAAUAGCUCGAACACCACUCCUUGUGCCAUACGUGACGUGCCAGUGAUCCCCCCCUCCUCUUGGUACCGGACUCAGUCAACGCCGGGCCGCAAGCUCUGCGCCCCCUCCCGGUCCCUGUGGGACCGGGAGCGGCUCGUCCCUCGUUCCACCAUCGGAACGGGGCGAACGCAGCCCGGCAUUCGCAAAGCGUGGCUCCAUUUUGUACGCGUAGUAAACCAUCGUGAUCCCUUCGCGCGAGUGAUUGUACAUACUUGUCGUGACCCACGCAAGUACCAGGACUUCUGUUCCACUUGUUCCGGAAUCCUGAGCGUCCCCACGUGGUGAGCUACACUUUAGGAAGAGGAAGAGACGGUUACAAAGGGAUUCUUUUUGUCAUUUGUUGAUGGUGUUCAGAAAAAAUACAAUGUGCCAUUUAAGGUGAUUACAGUAGAAGAUUGUGCAAUGAGUACAUUGGGAAGAAUGACGUCUGUCGCAAAGAGCAAAGCAAACAAUAUGCAGAAUGGUUCCUUAGGGGCAAAAACAGGUCGUCGGUGCUAAACAUUUAUUUAGGGACUAUGAACCGUUCUUCGGGUUUCCACAAAAAAGUACGUUCUCCCUCCAUAAAGACCUCCUUUGGUAUGCAGUAUGGUUCUUACUGCAUGCUCAAGAACUCCAGCGUUCCUGUAUUUUGUCAUUUCCUCUUUAAUCACCGAAGGCGGUUUCCGAUACGUUCGACGGAAGAACCCUUUUGGAACUGAUGUUUUCUGAAAUCUACGUUGGGGAUCACUCUUCGGAGUCGUCGCACCGCACCAUGUUCGCCUUGUUUUGUACAGUCAUUAUAACUUAUUUUGAAUGUAUAAACGCGUCAUACGUUGAACUGCCUUGUGUUGGGGAAGAGCCCCAUGCGGCCAGGGGGCGCUAAACUACCGAAGCAAUCAAACUUGUCUCGUGUUUUUAAUUGGAGUCACUUUGAAGUAUUCUUUUUGUGCCUUUUUGUUCUUCGCGAAAUUUACGAUUUAUUUGUUUUCUCGUCGAGCUCAAAAGCUCGAUGCAAAAGAGUGCAAUGUGUACAUCCCAAGUCGGCAAACACGAUGUUCUGCCUUACUAAAAUGCAUUCCCGCGACGUGUUGUCAAAUCCACCAAGCUUGAUUCCAUCAACUAUUGCAGAGACGCACGAGAACACGUACAGACGUAUUUCGCAUGUAACUUGAGAAAAACCACCACCACCACUAGCGACCGAAUGGCUCACUGACGCUUUUAAAUUUUGCUACACCCAACCAUCCAUCAAACACUGACCCAAUAUUUUGUUUUGGAGUAAAAGAGAACCAUCCGAAGCUUAUGCAACAAUUUCAAAGUUUGGUUUUCGUCUCGCAUCCGCGGUUUCCCACAAUACUGAUGAAAUGUAGCAACUUCCGGUACGCACUUCCACUUGGAUACGCUGAAAUUUUAACCCUGCUUUUUGGAGACUGUUCAGGGCCUCUGGAACCAUUCGAAAUUCCCAUUUCCUUCAGCUCCCGCUGAAACCAAAGACUUGCUCUAAAAACAAAACAAAAAAAGAAAGAAAGAAAACGUGGGACCGCGAAAAAUGGCAUCCGCCAGACGAGCGGUCUUGGAGUUCAUAAAUUGCUGGCGGAAUGCGCCGCCCGGUUUCAAGUUUGGAGAAACAAAACAGGAGAAACCCAGAAGAGGAGUCAUAUCUUUUUUGUUGUUGUGUUGGUUUGGUUAUUCGUUUGUUGCUUUGUUCGUUGUUGUUGUUACGUGUGUCUGAACUUUUGCGGUGGCCUCUGCGCCGGCGCUGACGGCCCCGCACUCGGGGACGACGUCUUCGUGUCCCGGGUGUUCCAAGCGGUUGAUCUCGUGGAUCGCACGAACCCUGCACCCCCCGGAGUUUGCUCCAGAGUGGUCAUUUUUGUGUCGAUCCCUGAAUAAUGACAAUAAACACUACGUCAAUAAAGAUACCUCUCUC